AUGGAGAGACAGCAAAGGUUUAUGUCAGAGAAGGAUGAGUAUCAGUUUCAACAUCAGGGAGCAGUGGAGCUGCUUGUCUUUAAUUUUUUGCUCAUCCUUACCAUUUUGACAAUCUGGUUAUUUAAAAAUCAUCGAUUUCGCUUCUUGCAUGAAACCGGAGGAGCAAUGGUGUAUGGGCUAAUAAUGGGAUUGAUCAUACGAUAUGCUACAGCACCAACUGAUAUUGAAAGUGGAACUGUGUAUGAUUGUGGAAAACUGGCCUUCAGUCCAUCAACUCUGCUGAUUAAUAUCACUGACCAAGUUUAUGAAUAUAAAUACAAGAGAGAAAUAAGCCAACAUAACAUCAAUCCUCACCAAGGCAAUGCUAUACUUGAAAAGAUGACAUUUGAUCCAGAAAUCUUCUUCAAUGUUUUACUGCCACCAAUUAUAUUUCAUGCAGGAUAUAGCCUGAAGAAGAGACACUUUUUUCAAAACUUAGGAUCUAUUUUAACAUAUGCCUUCUUGGGAACUGCCAUCUCCUGUAUCGUCAUAGGGUUAAUUAUGUAUGGCUUUGUGAAAGCUAUGGUAUAUGCGGGCCAGUUGAAAAAUGGAGACUUCCAUUUCACCGACUGUUUGUUUUUUGGUUCACUGAUGUCUGCUACAGAUCCAGUGACUGUGCUGGCCAUUUUCCAUGAACUGCACGUCGACCCUGACCUAUACACACUCCUGUUUGGGGAGAGUGUGUUGAAUGAUGCAGUGGCCAUUGUCCUUACAUAUUCUAUAUCCAUUUACAGUCCCAAGGAGAAUCCAAAUGCGUUUGAUGCUGCAGCAUUCUUCCAGUCCGUGGGGAAUUUCCUGGGGAUCUUCGCUGGCUCGUUUGCAAUGGGGUCUGCAUAUGCUGUUGUCACAGCACUGUUGACCAAAUUUACCAAGCUGUGUGAGUUCCCUAUGCUGGAAACAGGCCUGUUUUUCCUCCUGUCUUGGAGCGCCUUCCUGUCUGCUGAGGCUGCCGGCCUGACAGGAAUAGUCGCUGUUCUUUUCUGUGGAGUCACCCAGGCACAUUAUACCUACAACAAUCUGUCAUUGGAUUCCAAAACGAGGACUAAACAGCUGUUUGAAUUUAUGAACUUCUUGGCUGAGAAUGUCAUCUUCUGUUACAUGGGCCUGGCGCUGUUCACGUUCCAGAAUCAUAUCUUUAAUGCUCUUUUUAUACUCGGAGCCUUUCUGGCAAUUUUUCUGGCCAGAGCCUGCAACAUAUACCCCCUCUCCUUCCUCCUGAAUCUGGGCCGAAAACAGAAGAUCCCCUGGAAUUUUCAGCACAUGAUGAUGUUUUCAGGUUUGAGAGGAGCAAUAGCAUUUGCCUUAGCUAUUCGGGACACAGAAUCUCAGCCCAAACAAAUGAUGUUUACCACCACGCUGCUCCUUGUGUUCUUCACAGUCUGGGUAUUUGGAGGAGGAACAACCCCCAUGCUGACUUGGCUUCAGAUCAGAGUUGGUGUGGAUCUGGAUGAAGAUCUGAAGGAGCCCACCUCACACCAGGAAGCAAAUAACUUGGAUAAAAACACAACCAAAACAGAGAGUGCUUGGCUCUUCAGAAUGUGGUACAGCUUUGACCACAAAUAUCUGAAACCAAUUUUAACCCACUCUGGUCCUCCGUUGACCACCACGUUACCUGAAUGGUGCGGGCCAAUUUCCCGGCUGCUCACCAGUCCGCAGGCCUAUGGGGAGCAGCUAAAAGAGGAAGAUGUAGAAUGCAUUGUGAAUCAGGACGAACUGGCCAUGAGUUACCAGGAGCAAGCCACCUCGCCCUGCAGUCCUCCUGCAGGGCUGGGUCUGGACCAGAAAGCUUCACCGCAGACUCCAAGCAAAGACAACAUUUACGAGGGGGAUCUCGGCCUAGGAGGCUACGAACUCAAGCUUGAGCAGACUCCGGGUCAGUCCCAGCUGAAUUAG